CCAAACCCUAGAUUUAAUCAAAAUCCUCACAGCUUCUUUCAUCUUCAAUCUCUCUAAAUUCUCUUUCUCCUGCAAGAAAUUUGCGGACUUUUUCUUGUGGGUUAAAUUCUAUCAGCUAUGGGGAAGAAUCAAGCUUACAAGGCUAUGCAGAGAUCUAGGGUUGGUUCCAGCUCCGCCCAGCCGGAUGAAGUUGAAGACGGAAUGGUGGAUGGUUCAUUUCAUACACCAGAGUGGCAUGCGGCUCGUUUGGCUAGCCUCAAGACUACACAUACUAUUACAUGGGAAGAGUAUAAGCAGAAGCAAAAGGAAGAAGAAAUGAAAAAGGGAGAACUUGAAGCAGAUACUGAUAAACUGAUGCGUGAGUAUAGAGCUCAGCUGGAUGCAGAAAGGUCGUUGAAACUCUCCAAAGGAAGGAACUAUUCUAGUGAUAAGUCCCGUAAAGAUAAGAAAGAUAGAGAUUCAAAGAAGAAGAAAAGCAAAAAGAGAAAGCAUUAUUCAUCCUCAGAGUCAUCAUCUAGUAGUGAUGAAGAUGAAUCUAGAAGAUCAAGAUCAAGUUCGAAACGAUCAAAGAAGGAUAGGAAGCACAAGUCCAGCAGAGACAAACACUCUAGCAAAAGUAAAAACGAAACCGAUGGCCCUGUACCACUCUCUAAAUUCUUUGGCAAUCUGAAGAAUUGACACAAGCAAAACUGCAAAUGAACUAUUACAAAGAGUAAGAUUGUCUUCAAUCAAAAUACUCAAAUUAGGAUAUGAUUGCUUUCUUCCUUGUUGCAGUGUUAUAUUUUUGACGAUAGCUCAUGUACUAUUAUUUGUUGGAUUGAGAGUCGCAAUAAUGUCCCACAUAAUCA